AUGGAUGUGUAUUUUGAGACCCGAAUGGGGAAACCAUUUUGCAUUGAAAUCGGCUACUUCGAUACUGUUCUUGAAAUCAAAGAAAAAAUCCAGAAAUAUCAAGGCAUUCCAGUCUCUAAACAGACCCUGAUUUUCAAGGGCCAGUAUCUUGAAGAUGGACGUGACGUGGAAUAUUGUGAAAUUUUUCAUAAUUCUCGAAUCCAGCUCAUGUUGACACCAGACGCUACUGUGAAGCUCGAGGACUCCCCUGCAAAGACGUCGAAAAUGCAGGUUCUGGUACGGAUGGCCUCGUCGAAAAAACAAGUGGAGGUGGACGUGGAGGACAGUAUUAUGCAGUUGAAGGAGAAAAUUUUGGAAGUAGGAGGUGCGGCUCUGAACGGGAGAGAUUUUUCGGUUUUUUUGCAUGGGAAUGAGGUGUAUGAGAAUAAGUUCGUACGAGACUACGAAAUUAGUGAUAAUUCGGAGAUUGAUGUUUUGGUUAAGCCUUUGCAGCAUAGUAGUGUGACCACACUGGCACCUGCAACAUCUGGGGGCGCUAAUUCUAAUUCUAAUUUUAAUUCAAAGAAAUUGAAGAUUUUUGUUUCGACGCAGUGUGGCACGAAUAAAAUUCCGGUGGAGAUCAAUGCGUCUGAUAUCGUGGAUGAGCUGAGGAGGGAGCUCAGGAGGCUACAAGAGGUCCUUCAUUUUAGUCUUCCUCCGGAGGGAUAUUUUUUUAUUUACAAACAGAAUGUGAUGGAGGAUGAUAGAUCUUUCAGAUGGCACCAUGUUUGUAAUGGGGACAUGAUCGAAAUCUUCAAUGGGAGUGUUACUGGUGGAUCAUCUUGA